AUGUCCUCAGCUGUACCAAUCCCCCGCGUUGGCGUGUCGGCCAUCAUUUAUGGGCCUGACGGCAAGAUGGUUACAGGGAAGCGCAAGGGAAGCCAUGGAGCGGGCACCUGGCAACUCCCUGGCGGCCAUCUCGACUAUGGUGAGAGCAUCCUCGUGUGCGCUGAGCGCGAAGUCCUCGAGGAGACGGGCCUUAAGGUCAAAGGCGUCAAGGUCGUCGCUGUGACAAACGACGUAUUCAAAAAGGAGGAAAAGCACUACAUCACCCUUUUCGUCCUCUGCGAGAUGGAGGACAAGACGGCACAACCCCAGGUACUAGAGCCACAGAAGUGCGACGGAUGGUACUGGAAGACAUGGGACGACCUGAAGCAGCUUCUACCAGCCGUGUCGCAGGGCGAGCAGGGAGAGAGCCUGUUCCUGCCGCUGGUGAACCUGCUCGAGCAGACGGACAACUUGGAUACCCUGAGACCAUAG